AGAAACUUGAUCCGAAAAGACCCGGUGCGCGGAAGCCAUGGGUUUGUCUGCGUCCUCCCCGGCUGCUGCAGGUCAGUCGCCGAAUGCAUCCAGGCAACAUCAGACGGCCUCUCCACCUUCAGAAUGUCCUAUGCAUCAGGAAAAAACGAGCGGCUGUCCAGUGCACAUGAAGACUCCUGAUCAUAAAACUGAGAACACAGACGAUGUUCCUGCACAUCAAAAAAGAGCGUAUGAAUUUGUAGCAUGUCCAGUGAAGUCUGGUGCCUCUCAAGUGAAAGAUGACAUAGAUCCUAGCAAUAUGAUGCCUCCUCCUAAUCAGCAGCCAUCUCCAGAUCAGCCAUUUCCAUUGUCAACUGUUAGAGAAGAAUCUUCCAUUCCUAGAGCACAUUCUGACAAGAAAUGGGUCUACCCUUCAGAGCAAAUGUUCUGGAAUGCUAUGCUAAGAAAAGGGUGGAGGUGGAAAGAUGACGAUAUAACAGGUGAAGACAUGACCAACAUUAUUAAGAUUCACAACCAAAAUAAUGAGCAAGCUUGGAAGGAGAUUUUGAAGUGGGAAGCUCUUCAUGCUGUGGAAUGUCCGUGUGGACCAUCACUGAUGCGGUUUGGAGGCAAAGCAAAGGAGUAUUCACCAAGAGCCAGAAUACGUUCAUGGAUGGGAUACGAACUUCCCUUUGACAGACAUGAUUGGAUUGUUGACCGAUGUGGAAAAGAAGUGCGAUACGUUAUUGAUUACUACGAUGGUGGAGCAGUAGAUAAGAACUACCAGUUCACUAUCCUGGAUGUUCGCCCUGCGUUUGACUCUCUCUCGGCUGUGUGGGACAGAAUUAAGGUAGCUUGGUGGCGGUGGACUUCAUAACUACUCCUGUGGUGUGUAGUCGAAAAGUGAACCACUUUCCUCCUAGGCUAAGGAUAAGCGAAUACUAGGACUUGAAAUAGAAGUUCGCUGCAACUGUCGUUAUUUUCAUCAUCACCACUGUUCUUUGGGGAUGGGAAGGGAGGAUGGGGAAAUCCGUUGUUAAGUACACCAAUGCUUUAUGGUGUUGCGAAUGAAAUAAUAAAGUUACAGUAGCAAAAACAUGUAUCUUAAUUUUCCUAAGAGCUGGGAAAUCUUUUCUUACUUUGUCACAGAUUCUGCGUAAGCUUGCCGCCUUUUCAUUUCGUGACUCCAGUGCUGCACCAAAUACGUUAGGUUUCUGAUUCUGGCUGGAGUUUUGAGUAUUACUGAAGUAGUGAAAACUGGAAAUUUCAUAAACGAUUUCACAUAGUUACAGUAUUUGGGUACUUAGAUGAUGAAUAAAGGGUAAAAGAUCUGGACUGUUUCAAACGGCAUGUUUUAUUAACUAUAUAAACCCCUGUAUUUGUUUUCACAUGGGCACUUUACCUGUUCAAAUACAUGCUUCCUCAGAAAACUUUAGUCAAGUUUAUUCUGUUAAAGGAAGUAUAGCGUAGUAUGAAUAUUUUUAAAGUUAUGUUAAGUUGAAAAGGAGAAUAUACUCGUGCCUUCAUUUGCAAUUUAUCUUUGAACAGAAGAACAUAGAAGCAGGGCAGGAAAUGAGUGUCAGUUACUUUUAAAACAACCUUUCUAAAAGGAGAGAAAAUUGAUAUUGAAUGGCUAUUUAUUUGAGUAUUUAAAAGGUUUGUUUUCUGAUGUAAGAAAACUGUAUUCUUCUAGUAUUUUCAUGUCUUUAAUGUGUGUCUCCUGUAAUGCAUUCAGGACAGAAUUAAGCCGUAUUUAAAGAAACUGUCAUGCAGUGCAUCUGUAUUUUGCAUCUUGGCUUCAUCAGCUGUAGCAUAGCGUGGUUUUUGAUAUAAUACAGAAUCGCACAAGGGUGUAUGACUGCACAGUCAUACACGUUUCUGCAUAGUGAUUAUAGUGCGGUGUAUUACAGAUGUGUAUAUAACAUGGCUAAAAGGGUAUCGAAAGUGCUAAGAAAUAAGGUUGAUUUGAGCGUUUCCUAAGAGUGAUGCAUGUUCGUGCUGUGUGGCUUAAAGAUUUGAUUAACGGUUGUGCUUAAUAAGGAAAACUAACUUUUUUUUUUUAAGUCUUCCACUGUAAUAGCUUUAAAUUUGCAUGGCUUGGUAAAUUUCAGGUGCCGCCUACCCCUAAAUUUAAAUUAUUCCUCCCUUUCAGCGUAUGUUACUCUUGAGAAUGAGUGUUCCAUGCAAAACACUUGGGAAUGGAAGGAGUAAGAGAGUAUCACAUUGUAGCUUCUCAAAUGGGAGACGCUUCCUUCAUGAAACUUCACAACCUCAACUAGGAACCAGCUGUACAUUCAUUUUCUGAACGUGGUUAUUUUUAACUGACAUGGGAAGCUUUUUUUGCCCUUUUUUUUUUUUUUUUUUCCUUGAGGGGAAAGCCCCUCAAUGUUUCAGGCAAGUAACUUCCCAUUUAGGAAAAAAUUACUCAGGGAAGCUUCCAUACUUUAAGGUACUAAUGGGGAUGAACGGUUCCCACUUCAGAGGCAACUGUCCUGCAUGGUAGGAAUAAAUAUUACUCAGAAGUCCAGAAUCGUAAAAGAAAACCAUGCUCUUACCCCUAUCCACUUCCCUCGUUCCUUUUUCACCCUUUCAAUGAUUCAUAUAUAUAUAUAAAUGAAAAAUAGUUUGGGGCAAAAAAGAAAAACCUCCAUCUGAGUAGGCAAUGUAUAUAUGAGAAGCGUGUGAGUUGUAUGAAGCAUAUCUGAUAAUGGAAGAGCUGCUCCUCUCUGUUCUAACAGUAAAGACUGAGGGUUACUGCUUUUUGGGGUGGUUUUUUUUUUUUGUUUGGUUGGUUUAUGUAUACAUUUGGUAACUUAUAUACGCAGAAUUCUGUAUUUCUCACGACUAAAUAUGGAAAAGGUACAGCAACGUAGGGAGUGCUUCAGAAGCUUCAAAAGAACGCGUUUGCGUCGUUGAUUUCGGAAGCGUGAUGUUGAGUGCAUUGCGGAAAUUGUCGUUGCUGCUAAAUCCGGUGAAAGGUGUCACAUGCCACUUCAUGCGUUUACCGUCUUCUGUUAUGUUCCAUCUCCCAUAGAUUCAAAAUUGUUCUUUUCUGUGCUACUGUUAACAAAAUGUACUACUUUGAUUCUCCUUUUUGAUGACAAAUAAAUAUAGUUUUCUUAACUUUA